AGUGAGGAUGGUGAGAGGUUGUUGUUUGUGUACAGAAACAGAUAGAGAGAGAGAGAGAGAGAGAGAGAGAAGCGAAUCUGCAAAUCUAUUAGUGGAUCCAAUAGAAAAAAGAGAUGCAGGAAGAAAAGCCUCUUGUUUUUGCCUACUAUGUCACCGGCCAUGGAUUUGGCCACGCCACCCGUGUUGCCGAGGUGGUUCGCAAUCUCAUCCUUCUAGGACAUGAAAUUCACGUGGUUACAGCUGCUUCGGAGCACAUUUUUACCACUGAAAUACAGUCACCUAAACUCUUCAUCCGGAAGGUGGUAUUAGAUAUUGGAGCCAUUCAAACAGAUGCGUUGACGGUUGAUCGUCUUGCAUCCUUGGAGAAGUAUGUUGAGAUAGCUGUGGUACCUCGGGAUUCUAUAUUGUCAACUGAGGCUGAAUGGCUGAAAUCCAUAAAUGCUAGUUUAGUGGUAUCUGAUGCUGUCCCUAUUGCAUGCCAAGCAGCAGCAGAUGCUGGAGUUCGUGCUGUUUGUGUGACCAACUUUAGUUGGGACUUCAUAUAUGCCGAAUAUGUUAUGGUGGCUGGACGUCAAAGUCACUCUAUCAUUUGGCAGAUAGCUGAAGACUAUUCUCAUUGCGACUUCGUUAUACGUCUCCCAGGAUACUGCCCAAUGCCUGCUUUUCGAGAUGUGGUUGAUGUACCUCUUGUAGUUCGGAGAUUACGCAGGUCACGGGCUGAGGUUAGGAAAGAGCUUGGAAUUGCGGAAGACACAAAAGUUUUGAUUUAUAAUUUUGGCGGACAGCCAGCUGGGUGGAAGCUUCAGAAGAAGUAUCUACCCGAUGGGUGGAUAUGCUUGGUUUGCGGAGCAUCAGAAGGGAAGGAGCUUCCAGAAAAUUUUAUUAAACUUCCAAAGGAUAUUUAUACUCCUGAUUUUAUUGCAGCCUCAGACUGCAUGCUUGGUAAAAUUGGAUAUGGUACCGUGAGUGAAGCCUUGGCACACAAAGUGCCUUUGAUUUUUGUACGCAGAGAAUAUUUUAAUGAGGAACCGUUUGUUAGGAGCAUGCUUGAGUGCUACCAAUGUGGUGUGGAGAUCAUAAGGAGGGAUUUGCUUACCGGAUGUUGGGCACCGUAUAUUAAACAUGCAAUUUCUCUAAGACCGUGUUAUGAUGCAGGCACUAAUGGUGGUGAGGUGGUUGCCCAUAUACUUCGGGAUACAGCUAUGGGGAAAAAUGUUACUCAUUCUAAGCUUAGUGGAUCAAGAAGGCUGCAGGAUGCCAUUGUCCUUGGGUAUCAGCUCCAGAGAGUUUCUGGGAAAGAUAUAGAUGUCCCUAGUUGGUAUGCACUUGCACAAGAUGAACUUAGCUUUCACACACCAUCGGCAGAUGAGACCAGUAUUCAGAGUACCUUGACCAGAGAGACUGAUGACAUCGAAAUCUUGCAUGGAGAUCAUCAUAAUCUUUCAGAUACAAUAGGUUUCCUAAAGAGUUUGAUGGAGCUGCAUGCCUUAACCAGCAUCAGGAAUAGUAGUCAGCUUCACUCACGUGAAAGUCUUGCUGCAGCUGCAAUGUUUAACUGGGAGGAAGAAAUUAUUGUAGCUAGAGCACCGGGUAGAUUAGAUGUCAUGGGAGGAUUUGGAGAUUAUUCAGGAAGCUUAGUUCUGCAGAUGCCUAUUAGAGAGGCGUGCCAUGUUGCUAUUCAGCAAAGUCAUCCAGACAAGCAGAAGUUGUGGAAACAUGCUGAGGCCAGGCAGCAAAACAAAGGACAAGGCUCCACACCAGUUCUCCCAGUUGUAUCAUUUGGCUCAGAACUUAGUAACCGAGCUCCUACGUUUGACAUGGACUUGUCUGAAUUUCUGGAAGAUGGACAUCCUAUUUCAUAUGAGAAAGCAAGAGACUAUUUUGCUCAGGACCCGUCACAGAAGUGGGCAGCAUAUGUUGCUGGUACAAUUCUGGUAUUGAUGACUGAAUUGGGCAUUCAAUUUGUGGACAGUAUCAGCAUACUGGUGAUUUCUGGUGUCCCGGAGGGCAAAGGUGUAUCAUCUUCCGCUGCAAUAGAAGUUGCAACAGUGUCUGCUGUGGCUGCUUCUCAUGGAUUAGAUAUUGCACCAAGAGAUCUUGCUUUGCUUUGCCAAAAGGUCGAGAAUCAUGUUGUCGGUGCUCCGUGUGGAGUGAUGGACCAGAUGGCUUCUGCAUGUGGUGAAGAAAACAAACUACUAGCAAUGUUGUGUCAGCCUGCUGAAGUCUUAGGUCAUGUGGAAAUCCCUCCUCACAUACAGUUCUGGGGGAUAGACUCAGGGAUACGACACAGCGUGGGUGGUGCAGAUUAUGGAUCUGUAAGAAUCGGCACCUUUAUGGGUAGAAAGAUGAUUAAAUCCAUGGCAUUUCAUAAUUCAAAGAAAGUCGAAGGCCUUAAUAAUAAUGGAAAGGAUGAAGAUGGCAUGGAGUUACUCGAAGCCGAAGCUGCAGUGGAUUAUCUAUCCAACAUAUCCCCACACCGAUAUGAGGAAUGUUAUGUACGUAAACUCCCAGAAUUUGUAUCUGGCAAUGAAUUUAUCGAGAAUUAUGGCCAUCAUGAUGAUCCCGUUACAAUAAUUGAUACAAAGCUUAGUUAUGCAGUUGGAGCACCAACAAGACAUCCAAUAUAUGGAAAUUUUCGAGUCAAGGCUUUCAAAGCAUUGUUAUCUGCUGCUCCUUCAGAUGAUCAACUCUCUGCACUUGGAGAGCUCAUGUAUCAGUGUCACUACAGCUACAAUGCAUGUGGACUUGGCUCAGACGGGACGGAUAAGUUAGUCCAACUGGUACAAGAAAUACAGCAUAGCAAAUCCUACAGCGGGACUCUAUUUGGGGCGAAGAUUACCGGCGGAGGUUCAGGAGGAACCGUUUGUGUCCUGGGGAAAAACAUAUCAAGAAGUGGAGAGCAAAUCGCUAAGAUUCCGCAGAGGUACAAAGCAAGCACUGGCUUCUUGCCUCAUGUCUUUGAGGGAUCUUCGCCCGGUGCUUGCAAGUUUGGCUAUCUGAAAAUACGCCUUAGAUCGCGUUCGACCUAGAAUAUGGAACGUGGCUGUCUCGUUUUGUAAACAUUGCGGACAUUAGUUUCGUGCCAGCACAGUUUAGAGGUACAUGAAACUGCUACUGAUGCCUCUCUACCUUUGAAGCUUAAUAGUCUAUGAUAUAGAUCAUGAAUCAUUCUUCAAUUGCAUUAUAAUUUGAGGCAAAUGAUACACCAUUAUAUAUGAUUGAUAACUACUUCAUCUUUACUUCAUAUGUUGCUUUUUUCUUA